UGGUCAUCUCCUGUACUGUGUCCGCAGUCUCUGGUCAUCUCCUUUACUAUGUCCGCAGUCUCUGGUCCUCUCCUGUACUAUGUCCGCAGUCUCUGGUCCUCUCCUGUACUAUGUCCGCAGUCUCUGGUCAUCUCCUGUACUAUGUCCGCAGUCUCUGGUCCUCUCCUGUACUGUUUCCGCAGUCUCUGGUCAUCUCCUGUACUGUGUCCGCAGUCUCUGGUCAUCUCCUGUACUGUGUCCGCAUUUUCUGGUCAUCUCCUGUACUAUGUCCGCAGUCUCUGGUCAUCUCCUGUAGUAUGUCCGCAGUCUCUGGUCAUCUCCUGUAGUAUGUCCGCAGUCUCUGGUCAUCUCCUGUAUCUCUGGUCUCUGGUGAUCUCCUGUACUAUGUCCGCAGUCUCUGGUCAUCUCCUGUACUGUGUCCGCAGUCUCUGGUCAUCUCCUGUACUAUGUCUGCAGUCCAUUGGUUCAGUCUCUGGU